AUGGCGCGUGUUAAGUCGAAAUCGUUCAGCCCGUCAGCCCGUCCAGGGGAAUGGCUUGGAGGCCUGGAGUCCCACACCUUCACCGUCAAGCAAUGCGCCUCCCAGGGCCACAAAUUCAGGUUUUACUCUCUAAAUGAGGCAGGAAGAGUCCACGCCUUGGUUCCUGCAGGGAGAGACAAAGAAGAUGUGGUCGUCCCAACAUCGGGGGGUAGGUACGACGUGCAUCUGAAGAAGAGGCAGCGUGUCGCAGUGUACUGGGAGGAGGAGGUAUCUGAAGUGCGUCGCUGCACCUGGUUUUACAAGGGGGACAAGGACAACAAGUAUAUUCCCUACUCGGAGACCUUCAGCGAAGAACUGGAGGAAGCUUACAUGACUGCUGUCACCCUGGACGAGUGGAAGAAGAAACUGGAGUCCCCCAGCAGGGAAAUCAUUAUCUUGCACAACCCAAAGCUGAUGGUGCACUACCAUCCGGUUGCCACCUCCGAUGACUGGGGCUCCACUCCUACGGAACAAGGUCGACCUCGGACUGUGAAGAGAGGAGUAGAAAACAUCGCUGCCGAGAUCCCCAAUGGAGAGCCGCUGCAAAUCGACCACCUGGUUUUUGUGGUGCACGGGAUCGGCCCAGCGUGCGACAUUCGCUUCAGGAGCAUCAUCCAGUGCGUGAAUGACUUCAGGAACGUUUCCCUGAGCAUGCUGCAAGCACACUUCAAGAAAGCCCAGGAGCAGCAGCAGAUCGGCCGGGUGGAGUUUCUACCUGUGAACUGGCACAGCUCCCUCCACUCCACCGGGGUGGACGUUGACCUGGAGCGGAUCACUUUGCCCAGCAUCAACCGCCUGCGUCACUUCAUCAACGACACCAUCCUGGACGUUUUCUUUUACAACAGCUCCACCUAUUGCCAGACCAUCGUGGACACGGUGGCCUCCGAAAUGAACCGCCUGUACCAGCUCUUCCUGCAGAGGAACCCCCUCUUCAAAGGGGGGGUCUCCAUUGCGGGGCACAGUUUGGGGUCGCUCAUUCUGUUUGAUCUCCUGACGAACCAGAAGGCUGCUCCGGAGGAGGACGAGCACAGCGAAGAGGGGUCCGGGACAGCCUCAAGCAACAGGGGCAUUGAGGAAGUACAAGAAAUCCUGAAGAAGCUGGAGCUGUCCGAAUAUUGUGAUGUUUUCGAGAAGGAGAAGAUGGACAGGCAAGCACUGUUCUUGUGCACAGAGAAAAACCUCAAAGAAAUGGGAAUUCCCUUAGGACCAAGAAUGAAGAUACUUCAUUACAUCAGCUCCAAGACGGAGAUGCAGGACCAGAGAGCAGCAGCUCCUGGGCACAGCAGGGAGCACGGAGCCGAGCCCGGGUCCCCGUCACAGCGCGACCCGGACAGCACGGACAACGGCAAUAAUUGCCAAUACCGCGACGUUGGCUUAGGACAGGUCUCGGCAAACUAUCCUCAGCUAAACUACAAGCCCACCAUCUUCUUUGCUUUUGGGUCUCCCAUCGGGAUGUUUCUCACGGUGCGAGGAGUGAAGCGGAUCAACCCAAACUACAGCCUGCCCACCUGCAAAGGCUUCUUCAACAUCUUCCACCCUUUUGACCCGGUGGCGUACAGGAUUGAGCCCAUGAUCGUCCCAGACCUGGAGUUUGAGCCCAUGCUGCUGCCUCACCACAAGGGCAGGAAGAGAAUGCACCUGGAGCUGAAAGAAGGGCUGACUCGCAUGAGCGUGGACCUGAAGAACAACUUGCUGGGGUCCCUGCGGGUGGCCUGGCAGUCCUUCACUCGGGCGCCAGCAUCGCUCCUCUUCCUUCCUUCAGACACAAAGCCAGAGGAGACCCCCGCAGCAGCGAAGGAAGAGGCCUCCCUCAUCAACGUGGGGAGGCUCAACGGAGGGAAUCGCAUAGACUACGUGCUGCAGGAGAAGCCGAUCGAGAGCUUUAAUGAGUAUUUAUUUGCACUACAAGGGCAUCUCUGCUAUUGGGAGUCAGAAGACACGGUUCUGCUGGUUCUGAAGGAGAUCUACCAGACACAAGGCAUCACACUGGAUCAACCUUUGCCAGGAAGCCAGUGACCAACCUGUGCUCUUCUGGCCACUUGAUAUUCACAUCAACUGACUACUCACCAGGAAAGUCCAGAUUUCUUCUCUGCCUUCCUCUCUCCUCUGCUGCUGCGUCCCCCGCAUGCUGCUUCCCAAGUACCUGCUGCUACCUGGAGAUAAGGAUGAUUUUCCUCCAUUUUGGGUAGGGGCGGGGGGG